CUCAGCUAAGCUAGUUUGUUGUGAGCUUUUGUUGAUCAUAUUAUAUAAAGCAAUAUAAUCUAGCAAAGUCCGACAUUACAUUAAUCAGCAUGGCAACCUCCGUCCAAGAAAUCCGGAAGGCACAGCGGGCCGAGGGACCGGCCGCCGUGCUGGCCAUCGGCACCGCCAACCCGCCCAACUUCUUCAUGCAGGCUGAUUAUCCCGACUUCUACUUCCGAAUCACCAACAGCGAGCACAAAACUGAACUCAAGCACAAGUUUAGACGCAUGUGUGAGAAAGCAAUGAUAAGGAAGCGUCACAUGUACUUGACGGAAGAGAUCCUAAAUGAAAACCCAAAGAUGUGCGAGUACAUGGCGCCAUCGCUGGACGCACGGCAAGACAUAGUGGUGGUGGAGAUACCAAAGCUAGGCAAAGAGGCGGCGGUCAAAGCCCUA